AUGGGUAAAAAUAAAAAGAAGGGAAACAAGAAGAAAAACAGCCAUGUUCCAACUAACAUAUCUGCAGAAAAUGAUAAUCCGAAACAUAAUGACAAUGGUAUAAAUGAUGUCUCUUUAGUAGACAAAAAGGUGUCGUCUAAUAUAGACAAUAUUGAUGAAAAGAAUAAUGUUGAGGAUGCUCCUCAAAAUGGAGAUGAGAAAGAAGAAAAGGAAGAAGGACAGCAACAAAAGCAAGAAGAACAUAUACCAAUUAAAAAUAAUACGGAUGAUAAUGAUAUAAAAGAUGUGGAUACAAAGCAACAAGGCUCAGAGGAAAUAAUGAAUAAUAAAGAGGAAACUGAAGUUCCAGAAUCACAAUUGAAUACAGAUCAAAAUAAUAAUUCAAAAGACUCAAAUCUCGUAUUAGAGUUGGAAAAAGUUAAGAAUGAACGUGAUGCUUUGGAAAAUCAAUAUAACACAUUGUUAAGUAGGAUAUCCGCAAUGAAAAAUGUCUUUAGUAAGAUGAAAGAAUCCCAACACGAGUUAGAAACUGUUCAAGAACAGUUAACUGAAUAUGAAUCGCAAAACACUAAGAUGAAAAAUAAACUUGCAUCUAUGACCAAAGAUAAUGAAGAAUUAGUCCAUACUAUAACUACGCUAAAUAAAGAAUUGACUACUUUGGAGAAUGAUUAUGAGAUCCUCCAGAAUAGAUGUGAUGAAUAUGAAAAUAUUAUUAGUGAAUAUGAAACGAAACUAGAAGAUCACGACAACAGGAAUGAUUAUCAGAUAAAAGAAUAUGAAUCCAAGAUAAAUCAGUUGAACGAUGAGAUUGAAGAAUUGACAGUAAUUGUAGAGAAUAAUAAACAAGAUUCAAGAGAUUUAAAAGAUGAAAGGGAGGAAUUAAAAUCUAAUCUGGAGAUUCUUCAAAAAAGUGAAGGUCAAUUAAAGGAGACUCUAAAUGAAUUAGAAACCACUAUUCAAAAUAAUGAAAAUCUAUUUAAAGAAGAAAUAAAGGAAAAGGAUCAACAGAUUAAAUCCUUACGGAUUCAGUUGGAUAAUAGUAUUGAGAAUGAAAAAGUAUCUUCUCAGCAAAUUAAAAAUUUACAAUAUGAGGUAGAUAAAUCAAAAGAAAUAGCAGAAUUAAAGGAUAAAUUCGAAAAGGAGAGUAAAGAACAAGCUUUACAGAUUGGCAAAUUAAGACACGAAGCUAUUAUAUUGAAUGAACAUUUAAGAAAAGCAUUAGGAAUGUUAAAACAGUCUAGUGAAUCAGAGACAGUUGAUAAAGAAUUAAUAUCUAAUUUAUUAAUUUCAUUUGUGUCUAUUCCAAGAGCAGACCCUAAGAAAUUUGAAGUUUUACAAUUGUUAUCUAAUUUUUUAAAUUGGGAUGAUGAUAAGAAACAACAAGCAGGAUUAAUGAAUAACCUUAAUAAAUCUCAAAAAAGAAAUGGCUCUGUCUCUAAAACACAAAGUUUUGUAUCUUUAUGGACAGAAUUCUUGGAAAAGGAAAGUGAGUUGUAA